GGAACGAAAGGAAAUGUUUCACGUGUUUGUUUUGAUUUGUUUGUGUUGGUGCCGUAUGAGUGAUGUGUCUGGUGAGUCAGUGUCAGUGAUGGAGGGAGAUUAUAUUACUCUACAGCCUGAUGUUACUAAAAUACGUGAAGAUGACGAUGUACUGUGGAAAUUUGGAUCUGAAAACUCACUUAUAGCUGAAAUGAACAGAGCUGUUGGAAUCUGCUCCAUAAAUGACAGUCUUGAUGGAACAUUCAGAGACAGACUGAAGGUGGAUAUUCAAACUGGAUCUCUGACCAUCACAAACAUCACAACUCAACAUGCUGGAGUUUAUCAACUAGAGAUACAUGGACUUAACCUGUUAUCAAAAACAUUCAGUGUUUUUGUCUAUGCUCGUCUGCCUGUUCCUGUCAUCAGCAGUAACUCUUCACAAUGUUCUUCAUCAUUAUCAUCUUGUUCAUUGUUGUGUUCAGUGGUGAAUGUGAGUAAUGUGACUCUCUCCUGGUACAAAGGAAACAGUUUAUUGUCCAGCAUCAGUGUGUCUGAUCUCAGCAUCAGUCUCUCUCUACCUCUGGAUGUGGAAUAUCAGGAUAAAAACACCUACAGUUGUGUGAUCAACAAUCCCAUCAAUAACCAGACUAAGCAUCUGGACAUCAGUGAACUCUGUCACAAAUGUGAAGAAAUCAACAUCUAUUGCUGUGGUUUUACUGAAGCCGUGAUCCGAUUGGUCCUCUCUGCUCUGGUGGGUGCAGCUGCUGUGGCUGUUCUGGUUUAUGACAUCAGAUCCACAAGAGGAGGAGACAAGAAGCAGAUAACACACGUAUUAUGACAUAUCUAAGUUCUGUAAAGAGUAGAAAAUAUACAAGGAUUUAAUUUCAAAUUUCAAGAAGAAAUAUAAUGAGGCUCAGAUAUAUAAUUUGUGAUGUUGGAGAAAAAGCCACAGUGGCUUCUCUGGUUGCCACAACUUCCAUUUUGAUUAUUGGUACAUAAUCAGUUUGUCAGGAAGUGAUAAUUUUGUUCUCUUGAAUGCAUGGGAUAGAAAAGGAGCUUUUUCGCAUGGUUUCUGUGACAUUACAGUAUCAUUUGUUUCAUAUUGUACUUUGUUUAAUUGUUUAUGGAUUGCAUAUUUAUAUGAAUUCUAUUUAGAUGUCUGAUCUGAGUAGAUUAAAUAUUAUAGUGUUAAGAAAAUAGGAGGUAUUGAAUUUCUGAUACAGUGCCCCUUCUCACUUGGUAAAUUACACAUUAAAUUAGCAGAAUUUCACCAAAAGUCUGUAUUAUAGUGGUUACUAGUUUACAAACAUAAUUUUUCUCCUCACCAUUGUUUUAUU